AUGGUGGCUAACCAGCAUCCCGUCUCAGCUUCUCCCUCUAGAGCUUGUGGACAAGGGUAUAGGAUCAAGGAUUCACACUGUGAUGAAGAGUGAUAAGGAGAUUGUUUGCACACUUAUGGGAUUUGAUGACUUUGUCAGUAUGGUACUGGAAGAUGUCAUUGAGUUUCAAAUCACACCAGAAGGAAGAAGAAUUACUAAAUUAGAUCAAAUUUUGUUAAAUGGAAAUAACAUAACAAUGCUGGUUCCUGGAGGAGAAGGACCUGAAGUAUGAAUAGAUUUCCUUGACUUAUGCUAGAUUCUGUUUUGUCUUAUAAUGACA